AUGGCAAAUUCCAGUUGGCACCUUUUCCUUGCAACACUAUAUUCGCUAUUGGCACUGCUUCACGCAAGCAGUAGUGCUGGAGGUGCAUUUCCGAAACCUGCAUUUGUAUCAUCCACACAACCAAAAACAGAACUCCUUUCCAACGGUAGCAAUGAAACAACAACAACAACAACAGCGGAAACACAAGAUCCUCUGAUAGCUGUACCAGAAUGGAAACGAAAGCUCCCCUAUCCACUCAACAACAAAACUUCAACUUUGCAACGUAUCACUAUCCCGGGUUUUGGUGGACGGUGUGCUGUGGAAGUAUAUCUUUUGGGAACAGCACAUGUUUCGAACGAUUCUUCCCGAGAUGUAAAUCUAUUGUUGGAAACAAUUGAUCCCGAUGUCAUUUUUCUAGAGCUUUGUGAUCAACGAAUACCCAUGCUAACAGCUCCACCCCCCGAAUUAAAUGGAGAAGGGGAGACAUCGGAAGAUACAGAAAAGAAACCAUGGUGGAGAAGACGAAAAACGAAACCAAAGCCAUCCAAUGAGGAAGGAGGACGACAGCCAAAAUCGCUGCACGGUAUGGCUUCCAAUAUGUUAACUUCCAUGCAACAAGACUAUGCCAAUUCCUUGGGCGUCGAGCUCGGAGGCGAAUUCCGUACCGCCUACAACUUUUGGGAACAAAGUCGAUUGUCGCGACCAGCUGGAGCAGUACACAUGAUCUUGGGCGACCGACCUCUCUAUUUGACACUCACACGAGCCUGGGAGUCCCUGGGCACUUGGGGCAAAACCAAGCUCUUGGUAGCGCUUUUCAUUUCCACCUUGCAAAAGCCGAAUCCAGAAGAGUUGAGGAAUUGGAUGAAGUCAAUACUGGAAGACGAUUCGGGAGAUAUCCUCACAAAAUCGAUUGACGAUCUCAAAAAGCAUUUUCCAACACUGGAGGAAGUCAUCAUUCGCGAACGUGAUGCCUACAUGGCUUGCAAACUUUAUCAGACCUGUCGUCAGAUGCUCAUUAUGCUACAACAGCAGCAAAGGCAAGAGUCACCACCGCCGUCAUCUCCCAGCAUUCAACGAGUGGUAGCAAUUGUGGGAGCUGGGCAUAUCAAGGGCAUGUGUCACUGGUUAACUGGUGGAAACCAAGGAAAGGGAACACCGGAAGAUGUGCUUGCAGGACUGAUCAAGAUCAAGAAAGCAAUCGCCCAUGAGGAUGCACAAGUAUUGACUCACGAUGUCAUGGUCGUUAAUCAUGAACAGCUUCAAGAAAUUGUACAAAAGCAAUGA